GGGAAAAUCCGGAUUGAUGUUAGGUGCUUCAGGUGUCUUAAACUGGGCUGGAACGUCAAUGAUAUACGAAAAAAACGGCGACAAGUAUGGAAGGAUCCGAAUAGUCGACCCGUACCAAUUGGACGAUUUCACUCAGAACGCUUUAUAUGGUUACAGCGUCACUUCAGGAAAUUAUUUCGACAAGACGAAAGUGCUUUACACGAUGUCUUCAACAACAGCAAACAAAUAUUUCGGAGGCGUGAUGAUAUUUGAUUUUCCAAUCAUUGGUUCGUUGGUGUCCGCUGAUGUUAAAUAUGCUAAGCGAGGAAGUCAGAUGGGGGAAUGUUUUGGUGCAUCUUUAUCUUCCGGGGAUUUGAAUGGCGAUGGCUACAGUGACUUGAUCAUAGGAGCGCCUCACUACAAGCGAUCGUUAUACAGUGAGGGCAAAGUUUACGUUCUUUAUGGUAACAAAAUGGGACCUUUCCAAAAUACUGAGACCGUUUUAUAUGGAAAAUCAGCUGGAAGUCUGUUCGGUCUGGCCGUUGCUUAUUUAUCCGAUUUUGAUCGUGACGGAUUCGGGGAUUUGGUCGUUGGUGCACCGUACGAGGAUGGAGCUGGUUCUAUUUACAUAUAUAAGGGAAGUUCGAACGGAAUUGUAACGGAACCAUCACAAAUAAUAACAGGAAAGAAAUGGUCUUUGAGAGGUUUCGGAAUAAGUUUCUCCAAAUUGACCGACAUCGACGGAAACUCUUAUGGAGAUUUGGCGGUUGGUUCCUUCAUUUCCGGAAACGCGUUGAUUUUGAGGGCACGUCCGGUGGUGCAUCUUCGCCAAUUGGUAACGGUUUUCGGCAACAAGUUUCAACUUUCAACUACAGAUCUUCAGCUCUGCCUGUGGUACGAAGGCACCAUACCGGAUUCGAUAAACGUCAGCAGAACGUUUAUAAUCGAUGAAAAUGAAAAGAGAGUCCGCAUUCCUGGACCUGAAGUGGUUAAGACUGUGACGCUGCUCAGAGGAGAGCGAUCCUGCACAAAUUACACGGCAAUUGGCAACGUGAAAACUGUUACUAAUCCUGUGGUAAUUCGCGUCAAGCAGGAACUGGUGGAGAUGGCCCCCGCAGAACCUUACAUCGUUGGAACAACAAAGUCUGAUUCGUUCUGCAGAACGUGCCCGAUUGCUACGAAACAUGUCAGCUACGAGUUGAUUGCACCAUUCACAUUGGAGUGCGAAAACGAUGAUCGUUGCAUUUCCAAUUUGCAGUUCGACGUCUUCUUCAAAGGAUUAAGUGAAAAUUACGUGAUCGGUUCACAAAAGUACGUGGAGUUGGUGGUGCGCGUGAAAAAUCUGGGCGAAAAGGCUUACAUCACAGGAUUGACCAUAGAUUUACCCUCGUACUUGCCGUUGAAGUAUACUCCAACUAUAUGCAACGAGCAGAACUCCUCGGUUUAUUGCUCGAUCGGAAAUCCGGCGCUGAAUGAAGUCAAAGAAUUUUCGCUCGAACUUAACACGGAAGACAUCAAUAACGAUUAUAAUUCGAUUCCCAACGAGAUUCAAGUCAAUGUUUCCGUGAGUACAAGCAGCGAAAAUUUGAAUCCCGUAAAAUGGAAAGUGUCUAAAUUGAAAAUGAUCCGCGAAGCAGACGUGUAUUUGGAAGGAAAGUCCGAUCAGCAAUCGUAUUCUUAUGGAAACGUCAGUGUGGGAAAGUCCAUUUUCUCGCAAACAUAUAAGAUUCGCAAAGACGGUAGGACUUUGGUGGAUAAAGUGACGUUCGACGUUUUCAUACCGGUGUCGUUGAAGUCGGAGGAAAGUGAGCACCAAAAAAAUGACAGCACGUUCUUGAAGAUGCAUUCUGCUGUUGUGGUGAUGUCGAGGCAAUCGUUUAUGUGCAAGAACUUGACGGAAGUGGAGUUCGUGGCGAGUGCAGACGAUGUGGAGAACUUGGAUGAUAGCGACCAAUUUGUUGAUACCGUUCAAGCUGUGUCUACCCCAAUGCUGCUCAGAAGGAAGCGACAGGCGACUGAGGUCGUACAGGAAAUGGAUGGAAAGGAUGAUUCGAAAGAAUACGCAAUAAGUUGCACGAAAUACAACUGCGCGCGUUUCCAAUGCAUUGCUGGACCAUUCAAAAGCAGUCAAAGCGUUGCUCUGAUCAAAGUCAAAGGUUUAUUUAACAUAAAUCCGUUUGUUGAUUCUUCAUUCUCAGAAAAGGAUAAAUUCAUAUUGAUGACCGAUGCCUCUGUGAAAAUAGACUUUGAACAAAUCGGCGAUAAAGAUGAUAGCGUAAAUAUUAAAACGCUUUUCUACGGCGAAGCAUCGGUUCAUCGCGUUGCCUUGUGGGUUUACAUAUUGUCCAUUGCUCUUGGUCUUCUGCUGCUGCUUUUAAUCAUUUUCGGUCUGACGAAGUGCGGGUUCUUCAAUCGCAAAAAGAAAAUGGAGCUCGAGGAACUGAAGAAAGCCGAGGUAUGUUAUAAUUUUGAGAUUCCAUGUAGAAUCUUAAUCAUCAUAAUCUAAACUUUAACAUG